AUCGCCGCAAGUGUUGUAUGUAAAGAGUACGUACAUAUGUGUCAAUCAUUAGACAGAAUUUAGAAAGAAAAGGAAAAUAAUUAUUGCAAUGACGGACGAGGUGCGACCCGAGGUGAUAAAGAAAACACAGGAUUUACUCGGAAAAUAUUUCAAGAAGCCGCCACUGACCGAGAAACUACUCCGCAAGCCGCCGUUUCGCUUCCUCCACGAUAUUAUAACAGCUAUCAUUAAAGAAACUGGUUUCUUAGAAGGAUUAUUUAGCGAAGAAGAGCUAAAUUCUGAUAAUAUAAAGGACAAAGAAGCUAAGCUCAUUUUCUUGACAAAACUCAUUGAUGUCGUCAAAUUAAUCUCGGGUGCUAAUUUAAUGGUCAGAGCAAGUAAAAUCAUCUCUGGUCAAGAGCCUACAAAGACAAAUCAGCUGUUGCAGGCCAUUGGAAAAGCCCUUGAUAAGAAAAUCAGUAGUAAGGAGGCGAUUGAUCACUACAAAAAGAACUUAGAAAAAAAAGUAAAGGGAUCGAAGUCAAGAUCCACAAUUAAAGAGGAAACUUCGAAGAAGCCUGCAUCGAGACAGUCUUCGCAAACGAGGAAAUCAUCGGAGAAAGAUAAGAUCUCGGCGGAGCGAAAGAAAAGGUCAUCUAGCACAGGAAAAGUAGCAUCAGGCGAAGUAAAGCGAGAUAAAGAUGACAGAACUGAAGAGAGCAAAGCAAAAAAAGGGAAUGAUUGGAAGGAGGAAAAUUCGAAGAAUAUUGAAGUCAUAGAUAUCCCACCAGCUGAACCAGUUCAGAAUAAAGUUCCUACUUCGGCGCAAAGAAGAAGACCCUCUUCGUCCGCCAAAGUGAAGCGGGAUGCCACGAUUUUAGCAGACACUAAUGAUCUGACGAAAGAAGAACAGGUACAAUAUAGAAGUGCCUCCGGUAGAGAAAAACGCUUGACACAAGUGAAUAGGUCACAAGAAAAAAUAGAAAAUAUAUCUUUACAGAUAUCUAAUAAUGAAAAUAAACCAGUAAUGAGUAAUUAUACUAAAGGAAUUAAGGAAAAUGGAAUAGAAGAGGACAAUGCGUUACAACAAAGUGUUGAAAGAAGUGAUCAACCAACGUCAGAGCUUAUAGGAUCUCAAACUGAAGCUACUGAAAUGACCGUUUCACAACAACCGAAUGCGAGACCUAAAACAUCUUUAAGACCACCUAGUGCCAGACCUAUCAGUGCUAGGCCGGCAGCUCCCAGAAUGAGAGCAAAGACAGAGAUGAUAGUCAAUGAAGAAAUACAAACACCAUUAGGAAAUAUCAGCGUUAUCGUAGAGAAUUCCGACUUGAAGGACGAUGAUGACGAUGACGCGGAAGAUAUGGUAGUGAUGGAAGCAAAAGGAAGUGGUGGUGAUCUUUUAGAGAACGGAGAUUAUAAGAUAGACAAUCAAUUGAUGCAAGAACAUGGGCAUCUUGUGGCUCAAAUCUUAGAAACCCAGAGAGAAUUAGUCAACACGGACAAUGUCGAUGUAUUGCCGAAGAAAGUUGAUAUCGCGUGGGAAUCAGGUUCGAAACGUGACCGAGAAACAGCAGCUAAAGAAAUCGAUAAAUUACGCGGAACUAUACAAACAUUAACGCGAACGACAAAUCCUUUGGGAAAAUUGCUGGAUUAUGUACAGGAAGACGUAGAAAUGAUGGAGAAAGAAUUAUUGGAUUGGAGAAAUCAAUAUCGCCAAUUAAGCGAACAACUGGAAGAAGAACAAAAAGAAACGGAAGAAAUGAUAGAACCUAUGAAGGAGACAUUGAAAGAAAUUGAUAGCAACAUGAAAGUUCAAUUAGAUAAGAUACGUCAAGUAAAGGCGCAAAUUAUGAAAAAUGAUCAAAAAAUACGGCGAUUACUUAGUGGUAAUUUAUAA